AAACAAUGAUCUUUGAUUACUCAUAAUGAUUAUAGUAGGCUGUCAAUCAAUUUAGUAUGAAGGGCUCGAGUCAAAACUGCAGUAUUUUGUUCGAGUGGAAAAAUGAAAACCCUUUUUUUUGAUUGAAAAGCGGCACACAAGGACGGGCUUCAUACACGAGCUCAGAUCGUCUGCUAGCUAAGUUUCUGUAUCUCUACAUCAAAUUACAUCCUACAUUGACAUUUUGACGAAUAAUUUUGACAAGUUAUCCAAGAUGCAGUCUUGCGUAGUAAUCUUACUGAUCCUUACUGUUGCUCAAUUCACAAAGCUUCAAGCUACUCAGGCACCCAUUGAACCAGUCCAAGAAGUUUCAACUUGCAAAGUGUGCUGCCAAGGUGCCGCAGCAGUGCCCGGAGUACCUGGAGUACCCGGAGGUGCAGGACCACAGGGACCACACGGGCUGUCUGGAACCAAAGGAGAGCCAGGUAUUCCCGGAACAAAGGGUGAAACUGGAGACGACGGAGCAAUUGGAAAACCUGGUCCGAGGGGACUUAAAGGAGAUACGGGCACGGGAACCCAAGGAGUAACAGGUCAAAAGGGAAACCCUGGACCUGACGGACCACGUGGAGUAACAGGCAAUCAAGGGCCAAGAGGGCUCAAAGGGAGGGCACUCCCUGGGCUCGAUGGUGUACCUGGGUUACGAGGCCUAAAGGGAGACGUGGGUGUAUCUGGUGAAAAGGGUAGACAGGGUCAGGCAGGACAGUCACGUCGCCCAAUACAGUUUACAGUGCGAAGAACGUCUGCAUUCUCUUCAUCAUUGGACACCACUCGGCUCCCAUUCUCAGAGUUUGUGACAGCUUCACCGGACACCACCAUUCUUGAUCUCAACACGGGUACAUUCACAGCCCCAAGGACUGGCUUCUAUGUCUUCAUGUUUUCUGCUUUGAAGUCAGAUGAUGUAGAAUAUGUACGUCUCCAUCUCAACAAAAAUGGCGAGGAAGUCGUGUCUGUCCACACGGUGUCCCCGGGGAACUACGACCAGCUGUCUGGCAGUGCAGUGGUGGAGCUAGAAUCGGGAGAUACAGUAUUCUUGACUAUGUUCGGGUCUGUUCAGAGUGGAAAGACGUACAAGUACACAGUCUUCAGCGGAUUCAUUAUUUGAUAAAUCCAUCAACAAGUAAUCCCUUCCUAGCAACU